AUGGCAGACAGCUGUUGUCCUGGAACCCCCACUGCUGUUCCAGCUGUGCCUGCCAUCUCUACAUGUCCCAAUGUUGGUGGCAGCAUUAGAAAUACUAUCUGUCUGCCCAGUUCCUGCCGGUGUAGGACGUGGCAACUGGUUACACAUCAAGAAAACCAUCAAGGACCAGACAGUGCCCCAGUUAGCUCUCAACCUGAUUCUCGUCCAUCAACCUGCUUCCCAGAAACUUCCUGUGUGGGUUUUGUUUGCCAACCCAUAGGUUUGCACACAGCCUGCUGUGCAUCUGACACGGGUGGGACUCCUCAUCCUGCUGCCUCACGCCAGCCCUCCUGUCUGGAAUCUGCCGGGUGUCACACGAUGUGCUAUGAGAACAGCUCCUGCCGCCAGGGAUCUGCCUGCACAUCAGGGUCAUGCCAGACAGCAUGUGGCCCUUCAGCUUCCUGUGAUGAUGGAUCCUGCCAGCCAUCCUGCUCUGAAGCAACAUCCUGUGCUGAGACCCCAUGUCUACCAGCCAACUGUGAGGCUGGCUCGUGCCAACCAACCAGCUGCCAAGGAGAGUCAUGUCAACCCACCAAAGGUGAAGGUCAGCUCUGUCAGUCAGUUUAUUACCAACCUAUCUGCUAUGUUCUUGAGUCCUGCCAGUCAUUUCCCUGCAUGCCUGCCUCCUGCCAGCCAUUAACUUGUAUGUGUUCUUGCAGUCAAACUUGCUGUGUGCCCUCCCCUUGCCAGUCACUUCACUGCCAAACAACGCCUAUAAUCUCCUUCAUCUGCCAGGCAGUGGCUCCCUGCCAGUCCCCCUGUUUUGUAAGGAGCAGUGGUAAAUCGGCUUCGUGUGUUAUGAUUUCUGGCCAACCGAUUUGUGGUGGACCCAAUCCUGAUCAGAGUGGCUGCCAAUCUCCUUCCUGCCAGCCCCCUUGCUGUGUGACUGGUUUAGGCAAACUUUUCAGCAGUGACCCCGAUUGCUGUUCACCAACCUCUCUGGACAUAUGCCAUGCGGGCACCUCUGGGCCCACUUCCUGA